AUGGAUCACAUAUUGCCGCCUUUCGCCUUCUCAGCCGCACUGCCAAAGGAAGGAAUCGUGUGCCUGCUGCUCGUGUCACUCCUGCCAUCAUCUGCGUCUCCGGCAUCAUUUCCUCCGCCGAUCGCCAAUCGACUCCAUUUUUAUCAUCACUCCCGAGUCCCGACCGAGAUGGCUAGCAGCAGUUCAGAGGAAUCAGACAUCAGCGACUCGGAGAUUAAUGAGUACAAAGAGAAACCAUACGAGCUGCUGAAGGCGGGAACAUACAAGAUUAGGGGCCCGAAUGGCUCCUUCAGAUGCCCCUUCUGUGCGGGCAAGAAGAAGCAAGAUUACCAGUUCUAUCAUCUGCUCCAGCACGCUAUUGGGUCUGGCAAGGGCACAGCUAGAAGUGCGAAAAUGAGGGCUAACCAUCUUGCCCUAGCAGCAUUUUUGGAAAAUGACCAGGGCAUUGAGGUCCAGCCUUUGCCUCAACGCGUGAUGCCUCCGCCUUCUGCUCCCAAACCCGAGCAACAUAUCUGGCCCUGGUAUGGGAUCGUGACCAAUGUCCAACACGAGUCAAAGAAUUUCUCUCAGGAAGAGGAGUGCAGCUAUUGGAUGAAGAAGUUCUCGAGAUACAGGCCUUCGGCGAUCGAGACUUUUGGAGCAGUUAAUCAAGUCGUUUUGAGGUUUGACAGCGAUUGGAUUGGGUUCAAGAAUGCUAUGGAGUUUGAAAAGUGGUUUCAAGCUCAGGGACAUAGCAGAAAGGAAUGGGUUGAGCGGAAGGAUUCUCCCGGGUCAAACCUUUAUGGUUGGUUUGCUGGCGAGGAUGACUACAAGUCGGAAGGGCCAGUUGGGGAUUACUUCCGUAGGAAAGGGGAGUUGAAGACGAUAGCGGAUCUCGUCCAGGAGGCUACCAAGGACCGAAAUAGUAUCGUGAGUAACCUGGUCAAGGAGAUUGAUUUGAAAAACGAAAAUCUAGGCCAGCUGCAAAUGAAAUACAAUGAGAGGACCCUUUCCCUCAGUAGAAUGCUUGAAGAGAAGGAUGACCUUCAUCGCACUUUCUGUGAAGAAACAAGAAAGCUGCAACGCAUUGCGCGGGAGCACAUCAAGCGCGUUCUCGACGAACAAGAGAUGCUGAACUUGGAGCUGGAGAACAAAAAGCGGCGGCUUGAUUCUUGGAGUAAAGAAUUGAAUAAGCGUGAGGCUGUAACUGAACGUGAGAGACUCAAACUUGAAGAGGAGAAGCAAAAGAACGACAAGAGGAACAGUGCUCUCCAAAUGGCUACGGAGGAGCAAAAGAAAGCAGACGAGAAUGUUCUCCGGUUGGUUGAAGAUCAGAAGAGGGAGAAGGAAGCGGCACUGAAGAAGGUUCUGGAGCUUGAGAGGAAUCUGGAUGAGAAGCAAAAGCUGGAGAUGGAGAUCGAAGAGCUUAAUGGGAAACUGGAGGUCAUGAAGCAUAUGGGCAGCGAUGAUGAUGGAGCUGUGGAGAAGAAGAUUCAAGAGCUGACUGAGCUCUUGAAGGACAAGAAGGAGGAUCUCGAUGGUCUGGGGGAAUUGAACAACCAGCUCCUCACAAAAGAGCGCCAGAGCAAUGAAGAGCUUCAGGAGGCGCGAAAAGUGCUUAUUGAGGGUUUGACAGAUAUGCUGAGCAGCAGCCGUGUGAACAUCGGGAUAAAGAGGAUGGGUGAGAUUGACGAGAAGGCCUUCAAAACCGUAUGUAGCAAGAGAUUCUCAGCUGGAGAGGCUGAGAUCAAGGCCGUUGAACUCUGCUCCUUAUGGCAAGAGAAGAUGAAGAAUGCUGAGUGGCACCCGUUCCGUGUGGUCGAAGAUGAGAAGGGGAAUCACAAGAACGAGUUAAAGGAGGAGGACGAGGAGCUGCGUGGGCUCCGGGCAGAGUGGGGAGAAGAGAUAUACGAUGCUGUGAUCACGGCCCUGAUGGAGAUGCAAGAGUACAACCCGAGCGGCUGUUAUGUGGUUCCUGAGCUGUGGAACUUCAAGGAGAACCGCAAGGCCACGCUCAAGGAGGUCAUCAACUACAUCUUCAAUCAGAUCAAAACCCUCAAGCGCAAGAGGACUUGA